AACCAGGUGGAUAUCCCAUCACAAUCAAUCCGUUCUUUGGCAUUGACCACUGAACUGCCCCAUCCGCCCGCUUUGAUCUUCGCGAUGAUUUCCGAGAACGCCUCUCCCGCUCUCCCUCGGUCCGGCGCCGGAUUCAGGACGCAUCGAUCGACGAGGACAUGGUGGUGAGCGCCGGCGCCACGGAAGCCUGAGCCUCUCCGGGGACCACAUGCGGCUCCUCGGCCCCCUCUCUCUCUUGUGGGCGUCGCUGCUCAAGCUGCUGAGCGGCGGGAGCGUUGGCGGCGGCGGCGGCGAGGACGGCGUCUCCGCGAUCCAACAAUGCUCCCGCCAGGUCCUCGCGGCCGUCGCCCUCGUGCUGAUCGCGCGGUUAGGGCUCAAGGCCUUGCCGAAAUUGGGGGAUUCAGAUGAGGUUUCUCGAAAUCGCGUCGAUUUGAAGGCUCUGAAGGCUCUCGAUUCGCCGGAAUCGCACGAAUCGGUGACCGGUAAAGCGCUCGUGAGGGGAAGCGCGGGUAAAGCCAACAAACUCGUCGAAGAAGAAGAUGAGGAGGCGGAGGAGGAGGAGGAGGAGGAUAGAGAAUGCUCCUGUCUAGAGGAUGAAGUGUUCGACGUUCUAGCGCUGAGGAAGAUGGUGAAGAUCGAGAGGCGGAGAGCAAUCGCGGCGACGAAGGAGCUCGAGAAGGAGCGGAUCGCGGCCGCGUCGGCCGCCGACGAGGCCAUGUCCCUGAUACUGCGGCUGCAGAGCGAGAAGAGCGCGAUCGAGAUGACAGCCAACCAGGACCGCCGGCUAGCGGAGCAGAAGCAGCAGUACGACUGGGAGGUGAUCGAGUCGCUCCGGCGGAUGGUGGCGAGCCAGGAGUCGCGGCGGAGGGCGUUGGAAGAACGGUUGAGGUCGUGCAGGCGGAGGUUGAGGAGGACGCGGGCCAGCAGCGAGGGCUCGAGCGGCGUCGAAGGCGAGGGUUGUUUCGGCGGCGGCGGCGGCGGCGGCUCCGCCUCGGAAGAGAGCGUCGGCGGUGCAGUGACGAGCAGUGGAGAAGAAGAAGAAGAAGAAGAGGGAAAGAGUCUGGACGAUGUACUGAGAAGCUCGCUGGAGCUUGAUUCGCUGAUUGAGGAAUGAUCGAUCCUACUGUUACUCUGGAUCUCACCGCCCACCAUUUUUUUGUCUUUUUCUGCUUGAAGCUGCUAUAGUCAUUCCAUAAAUUGAACAAAAAACGUAAUUAGUAAUUGUGAAGAUUAACUCGUAUAUAUCCAUUCGAAAUAUAAAGACAACGAGAAAUCUCCAGAGUUGUUAUUUUCCUUUC